GCGGGGAGCGGCGGCGGCGGUGUCGCUAACCGUGGUGGCUGUUGUGGAGAGGCUUCACGGCAGGGGCGACGCGGCUGGUGCUGCAGCGGCUCGCUCAGGCCGUGGGUUGUCGCUGCAGACGUGGGCAAAAGAGGGAACGACGACUCAGCGAGCGCACUUGGCAGAGCAGGGAGGAGGGGAAGGGAUUUUGGAGACACCGCGCGUCUCCCUUCUCGAAUUUCUCUCGGUCCUUGUCAGUUGACUCGUAGCCUAAAAUGCAUGGUCACGGAGGCUAUGACUCUGAUUUUAGUGAUGAUGAACACUGUGGAGAAUCUAGCAAAAGGAAAAAAAGGACAGUUGAAGAUGAUUUACUACUCAAAAAGCCAUUUCAGAAAGAGAAACAUGGAAAGGUGGUUCAUAAACAAGUUGCAGCAGAAUUGCUGGAUAGGGAAGAAGCAAGAAAUAGAAGGUUUCAUCUCAUAGCUAUGGAUGCUUAUCAAAGGCAUACAAAGUUUGUAAAUGACUAUAUUUUAUAUUAUGGUGGCAAAAAAGAAGACUUCAGACGAUUGGGGGAAAAUGACAAGACAGACAUGGAUGUUAUACGAGAAAAUCAUAGAUUCCUAUGGAAUGAGGAGGAUGAAAUGGACAUGAAUUGGGAGAAGAGACUUGCAAAGAAAUACUAUGAUAAAUUAUUCAAGGAAUACUGCAUAGCAGAUCUCAGCAGAUACAAAGAAAAUAAGUUUGGAUUUAGGUGGCGAAUAGAAAAAGAAGUAAUUUCAGGAAAAGGCCAGUUUUGCUGUGGAAAUAAAUGUUGUGAUGAAAAAGAAGGCUUAAAGAGUUGGGAAGUUAAUUUUGGUUAUACUGAGCAUGGUGAAAAAAGAAAUGCACUUGUUAAAUUAAGAUUAUGCCAAGAAUGUUCCUUUAAGUUAAAUUUUCAUCACAGGAGAAAAGAAGUCAAGUCAAAGAAAAGAAAGGUUAAAGCCAAAAAAGAUUCUGAAGAGUCAACACGUAAAAAAUCCAGAUUAUCUUCUGUAAAAGAGACCUCUAAGAAAAAGGAUAAAGCGCAUUCAUCCUCAGUGAAAUCAGAAAGUUCUGUCAACAGAAACUCUGAUGAGGAAGAAAGUGCUUCAGAGUCUGAACUUUGGAAGGGCCCACUACCAGAGACAGAUGAAAAAUCACAGGAAGAAGAAUUUGAUGAAUAUUUUCAAGAUUUAUUUUUGUGAGAUGAAAGAGGGAUGCCUACAUUCCUUAAUGCAAAGUGUACUUUGAAAUUCUUCACAAAAGUUUUGUCUACAAGUUGCAACUUCAGUGGUUUGUCUUUGGAAAUAAAAAAUCCAUCUAGGAUGGAUUGUCAGAUGCUUUGGAA